AUGUGGAUGUUGAAACUGCCAUUAAUGGAAUUACUAAACAUGGUUUUAAGAUUCGAGUUGGAGAUAACUGAAGCGUGUUAUGCAGGUCGUAGAAGCGCAUCUGGGAACGUAGAUGACAACGGAGUUGGAAACGAAGAUAGGAACAGAAAUGGUGACAGAGACGGUCUUGGAAACAUAAACGAAGACAAAGAAGGGGACGGAAACGGAACGGUGACGGACACAUAUACGUAUAUGGAAAAGGAAACUUACAUGGAAGCAAAGAUAGAAGCGGAAGUGGAAACAAAGACGCAGAAAGAGACGAACACAGAGACGGAGAAGGAUAAAAACGGAGACACAAACGAAGACCGAAACGUAGAUGGUGACAGAGACGGUAGCGGACACGUGAACGGAAAAAAAGAAGGGAACGGAGACGAGGCGCAGACGGAGACAGAGAUGGAAGCGGGUGUUGAUAGACAAAGAGACGAUAACGGUGACGGACACGGUGAUGAAAACGGAGACGGAAACGGAUACAGCCACGGAUUAGAGGCGAAAGCGGAUAAUAUUAUGGAGAAAGAAGCAGAUUGA